CAAAUGUUGGCCCAAUAGUUUUCCUUAAGAAUUCUAAUUCUGGGGAGGUGACCCCAACUGUAAGUCGAGACAGAAUAGGUUUCCAAUAUAACUUGAAUCCAAACUCCAAUUCCACUGGGUUAAAGCCCAAAAUCCCCUUAAAGGCCCAUUUGUAUAACCGCCAUAAAUAUAACACUGCUCUGUUCAUUCUUUACCCCCUUUUCGGAUUCUUCUUGUUGUUCAAGACACACACACACACACACAGUCACACAGUCACACAGUGCACCGUAAAUGGCUUUGGAAGCGUACGCCUCGGAACACACCGGUGGAGUCCGUACUGAUGUUCUCGCGCAAGCUAGACUAUCUUGCUACAAGGCGCGUGAUGCGUUCUACACCUGUCUAGAGAAAAACGCCGGCAAGAAACCCACCGAAAUUGCUACAGUUGGGCUGCUCUACCCCGUGGAUUGUAAGAAAACCCGUGAAGAAUUUGUCAAGAAAUGCAGGCCAACUUGGGUGAAGCAUUUUGAUCGGCAGUACUGCGCCCAGAAGAGGGUUCAGAGGCAUUUGGACGAUACUGAGGCGCGAAGAGGUCCGUUGUCACUCCCACAGCCUUAUACUUUCAGAGCUGGUGCUUAAUUCUCGGAGAAAAUGCAACUGUUUUGUAAAUCUCUUUAAUAGAUUCUGGUCUCAUUUGCUUGAACAAAUAUUUUUGGCAGGGGUUUAGAGGUUGUCCCCUAAUGGAGAUGCAAGUGAGUUAACCUGUAAUUAAGGGUGCUCUUGUUAUCAACUUUGCAAAAGUUUGAUGUAGUAUUAGAUAUGCUGAAUGAGUAAGGAUUUGGUUGGGACAUGGCUUAUGUUGGUUUGUUUUUGAUAUAGUAGCUAAGCGCAUUUUGACAUCGCUGUCAUCCUUACCAUGUAUUCUAUGAGCAAAACUUGCAUCCAAACUGUUGAUUUGUUGCAUUUUGUUUCUUUUGGUACUUUCUUUUGAUUUGAUGGAAUUUUAAUAUAUGACCACAAUACACUGUAUCAGCAUUAGUGUAUCAAGAAGUUUUACUGGAUGCACACGUAUUUUGUGAUAGAUUGUCAGUGAAGUGGUAAGUUGCUGGUUUAAUUUUUCUUUUUUUUCGCUGUAUCUCUCUUGCGCCUUCUCUCAAGAGUUAAGUUUCUCUUUUUGCAAUAUAGUAUAAUCAUUUAGUGGAGAGUGUUAUCGUGGAGUGGCUAGAACAAUUAGAUAAGGAAAGCUUAGUAAGUUUGCUUCAGAUUCUGUCAACCUACUUAAUGGCACCAAGGAAAUUAGUUUGUUCUUAUCCUAGAGAAGUACUUUGGUAGGUCCUAGUUUCUUGUUUGAUUGUAAUCUGAUUCUCCCAGACCUAGAAUCUAGUUUGCCUAAUCUUCUAAUUUGGACUACUUGAAAUAGUUGAUGGUUUGGAAGAAAUUCAUUUUUGAACUUGUUAGAUGAGCUUCAAGAUGCAGCUAAAGUUCAGAUGUCUCAUUAUUUUAGAAUUUUAGGGUUUAGCGUAAUUAGGUUCCUUUAUUAUAUAAUUGAACAAAGUAGUAAAAGUCUUAUAUAUAUUUCAUAACUAAUAAGUUGAUGUCAUUCUAGGUGAACUGUAUGAUUGAACAGAAAAUAGGAAUUUUACGUUCUGCUGCAGAGUCAGACAAUCGAAGUAGGAAAAGCAUUAAAAUGGCGAAAGAACGGGUUUAUUGAGGGAUGUAUGUGCCUUGGCGUUUUUGAGAUUGAAGAGUUUGUAAAUCUAUUCUAUUUGAAGUUGAGAAAAGAGAAGUGUUAGAAACAAUGUUGAUAUGGAACAGAAUUACAAAAACAAAAAUAAGGGGGAAAAACUGGUUUAUUGGACUACUGAUGUGGUUUUGUGCUAAAGGGGGUAUGCUAUGAAAGGUAUACACUUAUGUUGUGACGGUGUAUCUCCUCAUUUUUCAAAAAGAAUUACCUGGAAGUUUUUCAUACGUUGGUGCUAAUUAUCAUGUGCGUUUGUGAUUGACGGAGAGGGCUCUGGAGGAGAGAGUGCAGGGGAGGGCCUGGUGGUGGUAUUGUUAGGAAAGUACAUUCUUUUUCUUGGUUUUGAAAUGUCUUCUGCAAGGUCACUCUCACUCACUGUAGUUUCAAGGAACAUUUAGUUCCUUUUAUGUCUUGAACUGACAAUGGGAAUGAUUGACCACGAGAUAAAACUUACCCUUCAUGGGAGAUAGUUGUAAGUCGUAAGCUGUGAAUCCAUAAUAGACGAUUUUGUUUUUAUGUCUGUGUUCGUUUGCUAAUUUAAGUUGAAUUUAGUAUAUUAUGGAAUCAUUGCUGCAUGCCUGAGGGGAAGUUCUGUUUUUUGACGGUUCACUCCUUUCAUCAUCACAGAGUUGGCAACUGUUAGUAUGAUAGCCUUGUUCUUGUUUCGCAUGGUUGCUUCCUGGAUUGAUAUUGUUUCUUGCAUGCAACCAUGAAUUGUUUGCCGUAUAACAUCAAUGUUACCCAUUAUUUCUAGGUUUUUUUUUUUUCGGAGCUGCUGUACUGUAAUCUAAAUUUGAGAUGAGGGGAGCCAAUCUAUUUGGAUCAAAUGAGUAAAUCCUUUGUCCCUGCCUUUUUCUGCCUUAUUAUCAUUACCUUCUCCAGUUGGUAAUGGAUUUUAUUCAUGUCAUUCUGAAUCUUUACGUUGGGGAUUCUGUUUUCUCGUAAAAAGCUGUUCUUAGCCUUCCAAAUGUUUCAUAUGAUUGAAAUUGAGAGAUUUGAGGCAAAAGCCCCCAAAGCUCAUCAACAGGUUUUCGAAGGUGAAAAGGGUUAAAAGGAUCUCCUCAAAUUAUUUUUAGUAUUUUGAACUUCCUGUUUUAUAAUUUGGAAAAUGGCUUGUCUACGAACAUCUUGUUUUGUUAUCUUUUAAAUAAUAAAUGGCUCAUCAACAGGUUUUGUUAUCUUAAAUUUUCUUCCGCUCUUGUCCCAUUCCGUUCUUUUUAUUCCUUCUUUUCCUUAAGAAAACCUAGAUUUCCUAAAAUAAAGUAAACAUUUGAAAAAACAAUCACGGCAUGGAUCUAGUGCUUUUUUUUCUUUUAUUUAAUUCACAAUUGAAAUUGAUUAACAUUUAUCAAUUAGCAAAAAAGAGCAGCGCGUAAAAUUUAUAGGUGGAACGAGUGUCUUUCACUUGUUUCACAUUUUGAUGAGAAUGUAUGUGUUCUCUCAAUGUAAUAAUAAUGUACUCUUCUUUCGUUGCAUAGAAUUAUUUUGGAACGGAGAAAAUAUGAAAUAGUAGUAAAGUUGCAAUAACUUGUGUUUAUUCUCAGUUUGGUUUUCUCCUUCAGCCACUAUUUCGGACAACUUCCUUGGUAAAAAUGUUCACGACAGAAAACUUGUACACAAAGCGUGCAUCUUAUUUCCAUCAUGACGUUGGCCGAGUCUGGGAUGUCUGAUAAUUCAGGAUGGAAAUGAUUUUUCGUUCGACUGCACAUAAUUAAGAUUAUCUUUUAACUUCUACAAUUAACAACUAAUAUUUUUCUUGUUAUUCUUUUCAGAUGAAUAUUUAAAAAAAAAAAAAAAAAAGAAAAGGCAAACAAGUUGGAGUUGACUUGAAGAAAGCCAACACGUAUAUUAGCUGCAACAAGUUCUAAUCUUUCCUUUUAAAAAGUCAAAAAGACCCACCUUUAGAGAAAGCAAUUUUUAUUUUCUAUUUUAAGAUAAACCCUACAGAACAAAACAAAAUUAGGAGUAAAAGCAAUGAGUCAAUGACCCAUAGACACAGAUCAAAGGCAUUAAAAAUACAUGAGAGAAUAAAGUAUUAUUAGUAUAACUCAAAAAAGGAGGGGGAAAAAAAAUGUUGAACCAAUUGCUUUAAUUGAGACACUUUUCCUGUUUCCAGAGGAAGCACAAAACCCCGUUUUGAUCCUUAAUCUCCGCGUUUUAGUAAUUUAUUUAUUUACUCAAAUGCAUUUUUUUUAUAUGAAUAAUUAAUAAUUCAUUCCUUUCUGAUUUCUAUUUUCUGACCAGCAUCAUCAUCUUGCGAUUGUUAAAUUGUUAAUCCCAAAAUAUCACUACAACUCAUCAAAACCAUCAUUACUUGAAGACC